AUGUAUCGCACGGUCUAUCAAAAGGGUUGUUUUUCGGUGUUAUAUAGUGUGGGAGGUAGCCCAUUGGAUAACUGGUCAAUUCAUACCCAAAAUGGUUAUGUGAAACGUGUCUUGGACGAUGAUAUCAAAUCCAUGGUUAUUGAAAUAAUGGGUACCAAUGUUUCCACCAUGUAUAUCAGUUCACCACGAGAUCCCAGGAAAGAAUUGGGAAUUAAGUUACCAUUUCUGGUUUUGCUAAUUAAAAAUAUGCAUAAAUGUUUUUCGUUUGAAGUGAAGAUAAUUGAUGAUCAGCGCUUUUUACGCCGCUUUCGGGUGUCAAAUUUCCAAAGCAAGACAUCGGUGAAACCAUUUUGCACCUCAAUGCCAAUGGGCAUGUCUGCGGGUUGGAAUCAAAUUCACUUUAAUUUAGCCGAUUUUACACGUCGGGCCUAUGGCACAAAUUAUAUGGAAACUGUACGUUUACAAAUACAUGCCAAUGUUAGAAUACGUCGUAUCUAUUUCACCGAUCGUCUGUAUCAAGAAAAUGAACUACCCAAUGAAUAUCAAUUGAUACAAAAGCCAAAAACGAAAAAGUCAUUAAUAUGGAAAAUACCAGCAGCCAGGCCACCUUCGCCCCUAUCAAAUCGAAUGCAGGCAACAGAUGAGCCGCCACAAGUUUCCAAAACAACUGACGAAACUAGGAGCAUUGGCGGCAUGACCGCUACAAUAGAUGAUGGUUUGCUUGAUUUGCCACAAACAACAACAGCUUCUGAAAAGGGUGAUUAG